AUGGAAUUACUUUGGAGAUCCUUUUUUCAAGAUGUAAAAAAAGAUGAAUUGGGCAAUAUAGCAUGUUGCAAAAUGCACGAUCUCAUGCAUGAUCUUGCAACUCUUGUGGCUCGGACGGAAAGUACUAUGUUAAUUUCAAGUAAGGAAAAUAUUGGUGAAAAGGUUCGUCAUGUAUCAUUUGAUCUUGAGGAUUUGUUGAGUAAUCUAGAGGAUUCAUCAAGAGAACUUCCAAUUCUCAUGGUUAAAGGAAUGAGAAUACGAACAGUUCUUGCACUUAGUGUAGGGAUAGAGUUGGGUAAGUUUACUUGUGAUGUGCUCGUUUCAAAUCUCAAUUAUUUGCGCACAUUGGAUUUGAGUAAAUUAGAUCUAAGUGUGGUGUCACAUUCAAUUGGGGAAUUGAAACAUUUAAGAUAUCUUGAUCUUUUCAAAAAUAAAAAUAUUGAAUUUCUCCCUAAUUCGAUUACCAAGUUGCUAAAUUUGCAGACACUAAAACUUAGUGGCUAUGACUCACUUAAAGAAUUACCCAAGGGCAUUAAGAAGUUGGUCAAUCUUAGGCAUCUAGAUACUAAUUGCACCAAAUUGACUCAUAUGCCCCUUGGACUUGGACAUCUUACUUCUCUUGAGAUACUAACACGGUUUGUCUUGAAGAAAGGAGGUUUCGAGGCAAGCUCUUAUAGUUGGUGUAAGAAAAAACAAGCUAGGUUUGGUGGUGGGCUAAGUGAAUUGAAGGAGCUAAGCAAUUUGGGAGGAAGCCUAUGGAUUGAAAAAUUGGGACAUGGAGAGGACGACAUGCUAGAAUGUAAAGCCACAAAUAUGAAGGAGAAACAACAUCUUGAAGAGCUUCUUUUAUGGUGGGAGUGGGAUGAUGGAGAAAGCGAAUAUUAUGAUGAAAUGUCACUAGAAGGCCUCCAACCACAUCCAAAUCUUAAAUCGUUGUGGUGGUGUUAUUAUAUGGGUGUGAGAAUUCCAAGUUGGAUCUGUUCUCUCACUAAUCUUGUCCAUUUGAGAUUAUCUAGUAAUAAUAGAUUGCAGCACCUCCCAGCAUUAAAUCAACUCCCUUUUCUCAAGUUUGUCUAUAUUUUAAAUAUGAAAGCACUUGAAUACAUAUCAGAUGAAGACAUUACUAGUAACGUGUUGGGUGGUUCCUCUUCUUCUUCUUCAAAAACACCAUUCUUCCCAUCAUUAUCUUCUCUCAUAUUAGACGAAUGCCCAAAUCUGAAAGGAUGGUGGAGGAAUUCAGAUGAUGAUGUUAAUGAGCCACACCAUCUCUUACUUCCAUCAUUUCCUCCUUCUCUUUCUAAAUUACAGAUUCUCGGAUGCCUUAACUUGACUUCCAUGCCCCCGUUUCCAUAUUUGAAAGAAGAGUUGGUAUUGCGUAUCGCUAGUUGGAAGGUAUUGGAGCAAACAAUGAAAAUGGGAGCAACCACAUCAACCUCCUCCUCAUGCUACUUUCCUCUCUCUCAAUUACAAUAUUUGAAGUUAUAUUCGGUCAACAAUUUAGAAUCUCUUCCAGAGGAGUGGCUGCGAAACCUCGUUUCUCUUCGAAAACUCGAAAUUUACAAAUGUGAUGGACUCAUAUCUCGCCCUUGGAUAGCCAACCUCACAUCACUACAAUUCCUUACAUUUUGGGAAUGUGCCAAUCUAACAUCACUUCCUCAAGGGAUUCGUAGUCUCACCUCUUUAACAGAGUUGAAAAUUACUGAUUGUCCCCUCUUACGGCAAAGAUGCAAGAGGCAAAUAGGUGAAGAUUGGUCCAUCAUUGCUCAUGUCCCAUGUGUGAUUUUGGAUUAUGAGAACCAGCAGGAAGAAACAAUUUUUUCAGGUUUUGUUCUCAAUCAUUUGACUUCUCACGUAAGGCAAGGACAAACCUGGCUUAAAAUUUGGACCCUAUUCAGAACUUUUUGUCCCUGA